GGGAGAGAGGCCACUGCUGGGCCCCUCUCCCUUUUCUUAUUGAAAUGAAGGGCGAUGGGGGGAAAGCAUUGAAAAUAGCUUUUCAGCUCCCAGCCUGCAAGGGUUUCUUCCCUCCCUCCCUCCCCCUUUCUUCCCUUUGAAUCGAACCAGAUGUCUCUCCCAUGAAAUGAGAUUGCCUGGCUCUUGCUGGAGAGAGACAAUGCGGGAAGAUGGGAGAUCCCCCAUCCAGCGCACUCCACUGCAGCCCUGGCAGAGACUGUGUCUGCAUCUCUGGCUGGGCGUGAGGGGGGUGUGGGGGCAGAAGGGAGGUUGGUGAUAGAAGAAGGAAUUUGCUGCCCCUCAUCACUGUAUUUUCCCCCCCUUUCUCUUUGCUCUCAGCGCUUUGCCAACAAGGUCUUUCUCUCUCUCUCUCUCUCUCUCUCUCUCUCUCUCCUGGGUUUGACAGCAGAAGAGCUCAGCUGGGGAAUGAACUCAGCAGCUGCACAAGGAAAUGUCUCAUACGGUGACUCAACAAGCCUGAUCUGGUCAGCUCUGCCCAUCUUCCAUGAGUCCUGUUCAGUGCCCAGAUCCCCGGCUCCCGGUCUCAGUCCCAGCCUUCGGUUGCUGUCUGCCUGCACAUGUCCAGCAGCGGGAGAGAUUGGGAGCCAGGAUCCCCAGCAGCCUGCUCUUCCUGGAGAUACCUAGCCCCGUGCCCCUGGUGAUGCCAGCUCUGGAUCCAUGGCAUGACAGCCCACGGAUGUCUGCCAUGUCUUGGGAGCUGCCCCGAGCCUCUUGGUUUGCUGCUAUAGCCAUGGAGGGGCAGAGAGCCAGGCAGGCGCUGCCAGGAGUGCAGCUGGGGGCCGCAGCAACGCAGCCCAUCAGCUGUCGGCAGGGGAGCCAGUGCCAGCGUUUUGCUCCCUGACAGCAGCUUCAGCUUCACGUGACAGGCCUCAGACAUCCUCUCUGCUUCCGCUCCCUUCACCUGUAUCCCUGGGAGUGCCAAAAGCUGGAGACAACCGGGCAGGGAGUGGCGGCACAGUCACCCAACCAGACACCAAUCAGACUCACGACGUCACCCGGAGAACCUCCCCUUGGCCAGAUGGGCACGCAGCAGUGGCCUAAGGAUGCUCCAGAGGCAUAUCUGAGCUGGCUCCAAGGCAGUGACUCAGACUGUCAGUGGGAGCCGGAGGACAUCGAGGCCUGACCUGCACCCUGCGGCCAGCAUGGAGACCCCCGGGCAGCGCCGGACCACCCGCAGCGGGACUGGCACCACGCCACUGUCACCCACCCGCAUCACACGGCUGCAGGAGAAAGAGGAUCUGCAGGAGCUGAAUGACCGCUUGGCCGUGUACAUUGACCGCGUGCGGUCCCUGGAGUCGGAGAACGCGGGGCUGCGGCUCCGCAUCACCGAGUCAGAGGAGGUGGUGAGCCGCGAAGUCUCGGGCAUCAAGGUGGCCUACGAGUCCGAGCUGGCUGAUGCCCGCAAGACCCUGGACUCGGUGGCCAAGGAGCGGGCGCGGCUGCAGCUGGAGCUGAGCAAAGUGCGAGAGGAGCACAAGGAGCUUAAGGCGCGCAAUGCCAAGAAGGAAUCAGACCUGCUGUCCGCCCAGUCCCGCCUCAAGGACCUGGAGGCCCUGCUCAACUCCAAGGAGGCCGCACUCACCACCGCCCUGGGUGAGAAGAGGAACCUGGAAAAUGAAGUCCGGGAGCUGAGGGCACAAGUAGCCAAGCUGGAAGCUGCCCUGAACGAGGCCAAGAAGCAGCUGCAGGACGAGAUGCUCCGUCGUGUGGACGCUGAGAACCGGCUGCAGACACUCAAGGAGGAACUGGAGUUCCAGAAGAACAUCUACAGCGAGGAGCUGCGGGAGACCAAGCGGCGCCAUGAGACACGUCUGGUGGAGAUCGACAACGGACGGCAGCGGGAGUUUGAGAGCAAGCUGUCCGAGGCGCUGCAUGACCUGCGGGCCCAGCACGAGGCCCAAAUCAACCUCUACAAGGAGGAGCUGGAGAAGACCUACAGCGCCAAGCUGGAGAAUGCCAAGCAGUCGGCAGAGAGGAACAGCAACAUGGUGGGUGCUGCCCAUGAGGAGCUGCAGCAAUGCCGCAUCCGCAUUGACAGCCUCUCGGCUCAGCUCAGCCAGCUCCAGAAACAGCUGGCAGCCAAGGAGGCCAAGCUCCACGACCUGGAGGACGCGCUGACACGGGAGCGGGAUACCAGCCGCCGCAUCCUGGCCGACAAGGAACGGGAGAUGGCUGACAUGCGGGCACGCAUGCAGCAGCAGCUGGACGAGUACCAGGAGCUGCUGGGCAUCAAACUGGCCCUGGACAUGGAGAUCCACGCCUACCGCAAGCUGCUGGAGGGCGAGGAGGAGAGGCUGCACUUGUCCCCCAGCCCCACAUCGCAGAAGAGCGGCUCACGCAGCCACGUGGUGCGCUCCUCCUUGCAGAGCUCCUCCAAGAAGCGCAAGCUGGAGGACGGCGAGGGCCGCACCACCUUCUCGCACCAUGUGCGCACCAGCGGGCGCGUGGCCGUCGAGGAGGUCGACCUGGACGGCAAGUUCGUGCGGCUCAAGAACAAGUCCAACGAGGAUCAGGCUCUGGGGAACUGGCAGAUUAAGCGCAUGAACGGAGAAGAUCCCGUCGUCUCCUACCGCUUCCCUCCCAAAUUUACCCUGAAGGCUGGCCAGGUGGUCACGAUCUGGGGCUCGGGGGCCGGUGCAACCCACAGCCCUCCCACGGACUUGGUGUGGAAGGCCCAGAGCUCAUGGGGCACCGGAGACAGCCUGCGGACUGCCCUGAUCAACUCCAAUGGAGAGGAGGUGGCCAUGAGGAAGCUGGUCCGCACUGUGGUCAUCAAUGACGAGGACGAAGACGAUGACGAGGAGGGCAUGCACCACCACCGCCACCAUCAUGUCCACUGCAGCGGCUCGGGGGACCCCGGUGAGUAUAACCUGCGCUCCCGUACCGUGGUGUGUGGCACCUGUGGCCAGCCGGCCGAGAAGUCUGGCACCGGGACCCAGAACGCCGGUACCGUAUCCUCAGGCUCAUCGGCUGCCAGCGUCACCAUCACCCGCAGCUACCGCAGCCUCGGGGGCACCGGCGGGAGCACCAGUGGCCUGGGUGAAAGUCUGGUGACCAGGUCCUACAUCCUGGGGAACGCCAGCCCACGCAGGCAGGCUCCUCAAAACUGCAGCAUCAUGUAACCGGUUGGAGGUAUCCAUCCUUGACAAAAAAACCUGCCAUAACAAGCUAUUCUUCCCCUAAAGCAAAAGUACCUACCCCCCACCUCCCUGCCUCCUGUCCCUUCCCCUCUUUUUAAAAGAAACCAAGAAAGGUUGGGAUUUUUUUUUUGUUUUCUACCGCAGGAAUUUAUAUAUAUAUAUAUAUAUUAUAUAUAAAAUGCAAAAUGACGCUUUGAUUUUUUUUAAAGAAAGAAUAUCUAUUUCUAUAGAAAAAAAAAACCACACCAACAAGAGCUUUUUCAGCAGCUGCAUUUUUUUAAACACAGAAGCCAAAGAAGUCAACGAAUGGUGGUUGCCAAAAAAAGAGAGAGAGAGAAAAAAGAAUUGGUAGUUUAAUAGCUCUUUAGAUGUAUUUUUUUUGCCAAAGGUUUUUGUAUAGGGGUUUGAUGUAAAGCCAUUCGAGAUGGGCCCCCCCCGCCUGUUAGUAUCUUGGGGGAACGGGGCUGUGUUGCUCUAUAAAGCCAUGUGCUAGACCCGAAAGCAAAGCUCAUUUCAAAAGAGUGGGAUGAGUUUUGCUGAAGGUAAAUUGUGCUUUGAAAAGGAAAAUCCAGUCUCUGAGGCUUGAUUGUCCUGUGCACUAAGGCUCCUGCCCCAACCCUCACGGGAAUCAUCUGUGUGUCCCGGCAGGCCCAGAUCCUCCUAUUUUCCCAUCACUUUCUGCACCGAGGGGUGCGCACAAGAGGCCUGAAUGAUGUUCUCAUUGAUUUCCCAUUGGUCUCAUACCCGGGGCAUUACCUCCCGACCCCCCUUGUCCUGCCUAUUGCGCUUACUCCCAUUGCUCCCUGCUCUUGCCAUGGGAAAGACCCAAUUUUUGUGUACUGUAUUACUCAUCAUGGGCACUAAUUGUGUGUAUAUAUAUAUAUAUAUAUACAUAUAUAUAUAAAAACAUGUAUAAGCAGCCACGUUGUGCCUUAAAAGGGGCGGUGUCGAGCGCGAGAGGAAGGAGAGAGCUUCUCUAGAGAGAGACAGAGCUGGGUUGUAGCUUAGGGUCUGCAGUCAAGACCAGACAGGGGCAACAGGAUGUUAAAAGCGAUGCAGAGUUUCCAAACUUGCUUGUUGCUAGUCCAGGGACCAGGGGCCGCCCCCAGCCCGCCCCAGGCUGAUCUUCAAGGUCUGUAGGUUUAGGGAUUGUGCUAAGGGGUGGUGGGGCCAGGGCUUUGCCUGGGCGAAAAUCCAGCUGUCUGGAGUAGCUUGAUGCCAGCUGUGAUGUAGCUCCAUGUGCUGAAGCCUUUUUGCUGCUCCUGUUCCGCUGCGGGUCCGAUCCUGCCCCUCUCCCCACCCCACACCUAUUCCCUGCUUUCAGCAGGAGGUUGGGGGUCUGCCUAGGGGGGCAGGAGCUGGACCCCAAGCCCAUUCUGGACCUGGGGGCUCACAAGGACUACAGGAAACAGUCCCCACCUCUGAUUUUUUUGUAUCUCUAUUUUGAGAUCAGUCCAGACACUCCAACAGGGCCCAGCCAGUCUCUAGCGUGCGGCACUGUUCGAGGAAGCUCGCCACGCUCCCCUCCCUGCCCAGCACUGGGCCCAGCUGCCUACUCCAUUGCCUUGUCCCUGCCCGCCCCCACCAUCAACACUAAGGUCAGCCCAGAGGGGCCCUUUUUUGCCUCCCGGAGAAGACACCAUUUGCCGAUAACCUGCCACCACCCCGGCUCUAUUCCUGCUUCGCAGCAUCUUGCUCAGUGGAAAUGUUACUGAUCUUCCUGUUCUUCCUCUCCAAAUCAAUACACGAGGAAUCCUGCCCA